GAUCAAGCGGAAUUUGGAAGUUCCUUGCAGCUAAAGACAACGUUCGGAAGGAUAUCAAACAUUCUGUAAAUACGUUAAGACUUGAAUUUGGUCUAUGAGAAAUUUAAAACUGGUGUUUGUUUUUCAUACUUGCGUAAUCUAGCUCUUGGCAGUUUAUACAACUUUGAUCAAUUUUCUUUACAGGUCUAAAGACCAACAAAGAGACACUUUCACAUACCGAUCAUUAUGUAUGGGCGUCACAUUUUUAUUCUUAUACUUGCCAGUAUUGGUGUGACAAUUGCUCUAAAUUGUCCAGAUGUUAGAGUAUCUGAAUAUAGUAAGAAAAGUGGUACAAAAUGGCGUUUAACAAGCAUUCGUAGUGGUAAUUACACUAUACAGGGUUUACUAACGCUAGCUACUUCCGAAUCUGAUUGUUCCGUUGUGUCACGCGAUGGUCUCGUACGUUCGUAUGCAGUCAAAUAUGCAAUUGACAAAGCCAAUAAGGACGAAAGCAUGACCCGUUGGGCAACAUUAGGCCUGCAAUUGGACGAUAUCUGCAGGAGUCUACCAAUGACGAUGGCAAGAGCCAUUGAGAUCAUUUCCUUUCAUCGUCCAAAUUCUGUUUGUCGAAUGAAUUUCUUGAAAUGUGAUGGUGAUGUCAAACGCGCAGAUGUAAAGAAAGCAAUAGCAGUAAUUGGUACUCAGACAAGUUUUACCACCAUCCCUCUUGCAAGCUUGAUGUCUAUGUAUUAUAUCCCUCAAGUGAGUUAUGCUGCUUCCAGCAAGAAGAAACUAUUCAAGUCAUUCUUCAGAACAAUCCCAUCAGUUAAGAGUCAAAUACUGGCUAUGUUGGAUAUUUUUGCCAGAUUUAAUUGGACCUAUGUGUUUGCCAUUGGCUCAGACGAUGAUUAUGGAAAACCUGCAGUUUCUGAUUUAAAGAGGGAGGCCUCAAAUAGAAAUGUAUGUAUAUCACAUGACGAAUACAUACUAUACCAGUCUCAGAAAACAAAACAAAGUGUGGUGGAUGUUGUAAAGAAAAUCAAAGCAACUCCAAAGGCGAAGGUUGUUGUAUUGUUUUGUUACGUGAAUGGUUUGGGUAACUACAUCUUAGAAGAGGCAGCUAAGCAAGGAGUUGACCGGGUAUGGCUUACUAGCGAAGCGUGGAACCCUGAUGCUGCUAGGUUAAGCAUGAAUUUACAAAAUCAAGUCAAAGGAAUCUUAACAGUAUCGUUAAAAACAUAUAAAUUAAAACAUUUAGUUGAAUACAUGGAAGAGCAGAUAAAGAAUGAUUGGGCCUGCAACAUGUGGUUAAAGAAUUAUUUGAAAAACAGCGAGUUUAGAUGUGAACCCAUUGGAAUAUCAGCGGAUAAAACCAUGUUGACGGGAAAUAAUUGCAAUGUGAGCAUAAGCCACGUUGUUGAUACAUUAAGUGUGAUGCCAGGGAAGAUAGACAGUCUUAUUGAUUCAGUGACUGCGGUGACUGUUGCUGUUAAAAGACUCUUACAAAAACUCUGCAGUGACAAUAACACAACGUGCAACAAUCUUGAGUUUACAGACAAAGAAAUGCGGCAACUUACCGCUGAGAUGUUCAAUGUUUCUUUUGUGAACGACCAAAACUUGACAGUUUCUUUCAACGACGCCGGGGAUCCAAAAUUUUCCUUCUAUACUAUUGAAAACUUACAAGUAGUUAACGGUUCCUACGUGUUUGUUCCUGUUGGUAAUUGGAGUGAGCUGGAAGAAUUAGGUAGUCGUUUAAAACUUGACCUGGCUAAAAUUAAAUGGCCUCACUGGUUUGAAAAUAAUUUGGACAAGAAACAUCCGAUUUCGCGUUGUAGUGAGAAAUGCGUACCAGGCGAAGCUGUUUUUGGCCGAGUUGAUUGUUGUUGGGGAUGUAUUAAAUGCCAAAAGAACAAUUACACUUCCACGUAUAUGGAAACAGCUUGUAGAUCAUGUGGUAAGUAUCACUACACUGAUCCCAAAAACACGAGAUGUAUUCUGAAACCGAUCUUGUGGUUAGAGAUGUCUAAACCUGCUGGGAUGUCCAUUAUUAUAAUCAGUUUGCUUGGAAUGAUCGUUAUGAUUAUGGCCUGUAUCAUCCUGUUCAAAUAUCGACAUCUCCUCACUCCUAACGAUCCGGCGCCGCAUUUGAUCAACUUUGCAUGUGUUUUGCUGAUUCUUACAUUUGUUUACGGUCCAUUGCACAUCACAGAGCCUACGAACGAGCUUUGUCAAACUCAAGAAUCUAUAUUCUUUUUGUUACUGAUGAUGUAUUCCGCCAUCUCGUUGAUCAAAUCCAAAUACAUGAUUAGUUAUCUGCAAAAACAUGCCGAAAGAUCGUUCAAUGGCAACCUGUUGUUGGCACAGUUAACGUUCCUCGCCAUAUUGUUUCUCAUCGAGCUACUGUCUGUUAUUGUGUGGUUGUAUAUUGAUAAUGUCCAAGUUGAAGAGGUUCAACAUGUAGAUGUCCAUGAAAUUUGGAAAAAGUGUGAAGUUUCCUUUACCGUUGCUCGACUUCUUUCUACUUUGAUUCCGUGCAUUGUGUUGAUCAUAGCCACCUUUGGCGCCUUCCGUGAAAGAAACCAGGAGCAUUCCUUUUACGAGCCCAAAUUCCUGAUUUUCUGUUGCAUUGCUUCGUGCAUUACCAUGGUAGCGCAUUUACCAACGUUCAUAUUUGUUGUUGGAAUCUACAAAACGCUUGUGAUGCCAUUCACGCUAGAUGUGCUUUCUUUUAAUUUCAUGGUGUGUUUAGUUUAUCCAAAGAUUUACGUUGCGGUGAUGCGUCACAGACGUGAAAUCUGCGAAUAUCCAAUGAAACCAGGCACGGCCAGAAGAAAGAAAGAAGAGAAAAAAGUCGUACGAACGAAGAGCACGCCGACAUCAAGUAAUCAGAGAACGGAAUCUAGUAUAAUAGACGAGUCAACUGUGACUAAAGAUCAAUCCAUGUACGAACCAAACGAUGACCUGAUAAGAACAGAUCAGCCUGAUUACAUGGCGAUGGAUUGCGCAAAGGUUAAGGAGAACGCUGAUGAUACAAUCAAGUCAGCAGAAGAGAUUGGAUUGGAGGACGUCGACUACAUAUUACAAGGAGAAAAGCCUCCUCCGUACGACGACUUGCGUUACAAGGGCAUAAAAAUGUAAGCGCGAGGACAGAUUGCUGACAGUUCCACUCAAUAAGAAAUCCAUCAGAAUCUCUCAGGAUUCGUUUUACGUCAGUACAUGCAAACAAAAUUGAAGAAACUAGAUUUCCUUAAACGUAAUAAAAAUACGACAUAACUAAUUAUUAUAAAUAACUAUUACCUUAUUUAAGUGUUACAGUACAAGCGCCCAGAAAACUACAGAAAAAUUACCUGACAAUAUGAACUUUUUUUUUGU